AUGGAAGAAAUACGAGCUACUGCUGGGGAAACCAUAUCAGAAAUAUUCACAAGGGCUGAGAGAAUAACAGGAUUGGCAAUAUUGACUCUGAUCUAUCGAACAAUAGAGCCAGAUAUAGCUACUGGAACAGUACUCUCUAGUCAAUGUAUUUCAACCGCUCUUCGGGCCCUGAGCGAGCAUCAGGAAUGCAUGCGUCUACUGGAACACACAGAACACAACAUGAUGGAUUUUUACGUACAAUGGGCUUUGUUGUCAGCACCAUUUGUGCCAUAUAUUGUCAUUUUCUGUCUCGCCAUCGAAACAUCGUCGUCUCUUCAUUUAACCAAACUCGCAUCCGUUGUACAUGCUACUGAAAAGGUGGCAUGUAACUAUAAUGACGCCUAUGGAAAGCAAUUGGCUAUUUUCAAGCUAAUGUAUGACGUCGCGUGCAAAUGGAUCAAGGCAAAAAACGCCAGUUCUGGAACGAGAGGAACUGAAAGCUACUCAACUCAGAUUUUAAGUCCGCUGAAACAGCCCGCGGGGACAGGA